AUGCUUAUGAAAAUACUUACUUGCGAUUGCAACUUCAUGGGACAAAGCCACAGGUAAUCUUUUUUUGUCUGAUAAAGUGUCUGUCCAGGUUGAAUGGUUGGAUUUGGUUAUAGUCCAUUCAGGGAAGUUUUUCGAGCUGUUAGGACUAAAUUCAAGAUUGAAAGGGAGUCACUUCUGAAAUAAGGAGCUUGACUUGCUAUAUUGCGUCAUAGUCCAUUCAGGAGACCUUCCUGAGGUUCCAGGCCUCAACUGAUUGAAAAAUGGACUUUUUUGGAUCUGUUACCAAGUAGAUUGCCUGAUUUGGUAGGUCAUAGUCCAUUCCCGAACGAUUUUUGGAGUUACAAGCUUAACCAGUAAGAAUAGCAAAAUUACUGGAUUUGGCUAUAGUUCAUUCAUGAGUGUUCUAUAAGGUUUCAGGUCCAAAAUAAUCAAGAAACAGCCUGUUUUUGAACCUGCUAGGAUAGAAAAAAGUGUUGUGAUUGGCUAUAGUCUAUUCAAGACAGAUUUUAGAGGUUUUAGGUACAAAAUAGUUAGAAAAAAGCCUGUUUUUGAACCAAUUACGAUAUAAAAAAAUUACUGGAUCCGGCUAUAGUCCAUUCAUGAUAGUUUUUUUGAGGUUUCAAACUUAAAUUAGUUAAGAAAAAAACUUUUUUUCUGAACCAGUUGGAAAAAAAUAUGACUGGAUUUGGCUAUAGUCCAUUCAUGAGAGCUUUUUGAUAUUUUUUUAAAGGCGCAGACCUUUCGAAAAAAAUUAUUUAUUAUUUACUGUGGCUUGGAUUCUCUCAAACAGCUUUUUUUGUCACUCUAGUCUUACAUUAGAUUAUACCCCUUUUAAAAAAAACUUUCUCAACUGAGAAAAAUUUUUUUUCGUUCCGAGACCUUUGCCUAUGCUCCUUUAAAAACUCCAGAAAGGUUCUUCGAGUCAAUUAAAAGACCGAAGCGUGUAUAUCUAGUUCCGCUACCGUAUAGGAUUCUCUAUGGAGCGCACAAGUUGAUUCAUAACCGCUUUGAGAUUUUGAUAGACGUCCAAAUUGUUUUGAAAUGAGUAUUUGAAAGACUUCAUCCAGAAAAACUUGUUUAUGACAAAUUUCAAAUUUUUUUUUCAAUUUUUAGAGUCGGAUCAGGCCUAAAAGCACUUAGUUUGUUGGAAAAAGGGGAUUUUUGGCCUUUUUUCGAGACGUUUUAUCCUUUUUUUUGUCGGUUUUGAGGAUAAAGAUCAAAGUUUUCAUUUUCUCAUCACUAUUUUGCAUUCAAGAUCCUCUUUUUGGAAGUUCAAUGAUCUUUUGAUGGAAAGCUGAAAAGUUUAGCUUUUUCAAGGAGUUAAAUUUACACUUUUUAUUAGUUUUUUCAUGAUGAUAAUUGACUUAGAAGUCACUGAAGCUUGAAUUUACUGAAUUUUGAAAAGGAAAUUUUCGGAACUCGGAAUGGUUGGCCGCUAAAAUGGAGAAGCUCAAAAAAGGCCGUAGAAAGACCACAGAAAGGCAGCAAAAAGGAACCUUUGUCACCCCAAAAGGAACAUUUCUAUAGAGCCUUUUUCCACCCUUUCUGACUAUGAAAAAAGAUUUUAGUUAGGAAAUUUGAAAUUAAACGAAGACCACCCCAUUUUUUCCUCUCCAAUCCAUUCCAUUCUGCAAAAUCAUCCAAUUAAUUUAAGCCUCGUGAGUUGAUGCGCCCACGGUAGAUUCUCUUUUUCUAAAUGGAAAUUAGCGGAUUAUUCAGUUGGAUCAAAAAAAAGCGAAGAAAAAAAAAACUUCUGCAGACAAUUGCGUGGGGAAAUUGAGUCUUAUUGCAGCUAUUUCCGCUAAAUCCCCGAAUAAAUUACUUUUUUUUUUGGUUUUUCCGUAGGUUUUAUGUUUUGAUUCAUUGUGUAUGAGUUACAAGGAAGCUGGAAUUUUGGAAUUUAUUGUUUUUCAAGUUUAGAUUUUAAAAAAAUCUACAAAGAACGAGUAUUUGUGAACAGAGAUCAAUGACAGGCUGAAGAGACACCAGAGAAAAAGAGACAGUCUCACUUCUCUGGCCUCUUUUCAAAAAUGAUUUAGAAAAGACAGAGAUCAUCAUGAUUUAAGAGACGCCAGGGAAAUGAAACCGUCUCUUUUUCUCUGGCGUCUCUGGCGUCUCUUCAGACUCGAUGCUCUCUCAUUUCUAUUCAUUCUGACAUCAUUUUUUCAAAACGAAAAGCUCGCCUUACCAUACAAUUAUUUUUCAAAGCAAAUUUUUCGUUUUUAUAUAGACAAGAACCUACUGUAAGUGUCUCUUUUUUGAAACCUCGAAAUAUUUCUUCUCUUUUUUCGAUUCACUAUGUAAUUAUUUUUAUUCCAACUCAUUCUUCCUGUUUUUAUGAUCAAAAUAAAGACAUAAACCUACCGUAGGAUCACAUAAUGUAUCUUCCCUUCGAAACCCCAAAAUUAUCAGUUCUCUAACCAAGAGUUCACUGGGACAAGCCGGCAAUUUCCGUCGAGCAAAAAAGCGAAAACUCUAAUUAGAGCGAUUGCCUGGAGAUGGUUGAGGCAAACAAUGGCCGGCUCUGCAAAUAUGGGCCGAAAAAUUGGGGAGGAAAAAUGGAGGCCUCGAAUCCAUUGCCAAUAUUCGAAACACACGAGGAGAAAAAAUAUAUGGAUGGACUCGAAGGACCCUUGUUCGGCUCGUUAUUUCGCUUUAAUUGUCUUUUCCCGCUGAUUUUCUGGGCUUUUGGGUGAAAUCGAAACAUCAAGUGGGAUGGAGAAGGAGUCCAAAAGCUGAGAGGUUGGAAAAUUGGCUAGGGAGCAUCUUUUGUUCAUAAAGAAGCCUAGAAAAAAUUGGAUUCUUCAUUUCAAAGUGAUAAUUUGACUUUCCAAGCAUUUUUUCAAGCCAAAACUUCUCGUUUUUGCGCUCCAUGGCAAAAUUGCAUUUUCACUUCUGGAAACGAUGUGAAAAUUUUCUUAGAAGCCUCUGCUCUUUAGAAAAUCAAAAAAGGUCCAAAUUAUAUCAUUAAGGAAUAGCUGGAAGAAAUAGCCGCGUAAAUUCAAUGAUUUUGCGCUCCAUUGCAAACUUUCAUUUUUACUUCUGCAAACGAUUAAAAAGUUUAUUCAAAAGCCUUUCUUCUUUGAAAACCUAGCAAAAAGAUCCAAAUUAUAUCAUUAAGAGCUUUGGAAAUAAUAGCCGCCGAAAUCCCAUGCUUUUGCGCUCCAUUGCAAACUUUCAUUUUUACUUCUUGAAAAACGAUAUAAAAACUUUUCCAAAGGCCUUUCUCUCUCUAAAACCUUGGAAAAAGUCCAAAGUAUAUCCUUAAGAGCCCUGGAAAAAAUCGCCGUGAGCUUGUGCGCUCUGCUGCAAUUUUUCCAACUCCCAAGAAUAUCGGACUAUAUUCUUUGCAUUGUCACGCGAUCCUUUGUUUUUCUGCAAGGUUGGCCUUUUCCAAAAAGCCAAACCCAGGAAUCAGAAAAACAAGCCGAACAUCUCAAAACUAAUCCCAUUCUUUGCAACAAUUAUCCGUUGCCAUGGAAGUCAUGAGAAAAGCGGGGGGAAUUCAGAAAAACAAAAAAGACCAGGUUCACUGGAAUUAAUCACGCAAUGGCUGCGUUUCCAUUAACAGGGUGAAUGAAAAGAAUGAAUCAUGAAUGGCUUUUCGAAAAUUAAGAUAAUUGGUUCUACCUUGUGUGAAUAGGAACGGAAACUAAUCGAAUUUGAAUCGAGAAAAAUUUUCAGUGAGUAAGAUCGGAAAAAUUAGCUGAAUUACUGAAGGAACCCUCAAAUGACCACUUGGAAAAAAUGAUUCGAGGUCCGUGGAUCGAGUUCACGUUUCAACAUCAUUAUAUAAAUUGAAAAUAUUUAACUGGAUUUUGAUUUUGAGUCAAUUGAAACAAUAAAUUUUAAAAUAUCAAGAAUUCAGCUGAUCUCCUUGAAAACUUUAUUAGAAUUUAUUUCACUCAUAAAAAUAAAAAAAUUGAAUCGAAAUUUCGAAACGGCUUCGUUUCAAAAUGGCUAGAAGGCUUUAUAAAGUCCUAAAGUCAAAAAUUGGUCCAGAUUGAAACAUUUUUGGGAAUAAAGGGAAUUAAUGGAAUAAGGAGGAGUUUUUUUCAUAUUUUUAAUUAUAAAAUGAGUUCAAAAAAAGAUCAAAACAAAUUCAAAAAAAUCGGAACUUCAUGAUUUGAGCCUAAAUUUGGGUCAAAUUUCAUUAAAAAAAUGGUCCGUUUCGAUAUAAAUUAUGAGUUUUUGAGCUUCCGUUACGAUAUGUGAUAAAAAGGUCGGGAGUCGAAAUUUCAUCAUUUGAGCCUAAAUUUUGUUCAGAAUUCAUCAAAAAUGAUCCAUUUUGAAGGAAAUUAUGCACUUUUUCAGUCAGUCGAGUUAAAAUUUCGAGAGGAUGAAGAUUACUUUUCAAAAUUUGAAGUCCUUCAAAGUCAAAAAACAUGGUUAAGCUUCAAUUCGGCUAUUGGAAUUGACCAAAUUCGAAAGAAUUUUUGAAUUUUCGAGUUUUUUGCUUGACACUUACAGAACCAGGAGAACUUCCGUUUUAUACUCGGAACAAGAUUAGUAGCUAAAUUUGAAUGGAAACCUCAUUCACGAUAAAUUUUUCAGUGGCAGCGUGGGUACAGAGAAGAAAAAUGUUGCAGCGGCGCCGGAAAGUAUUGACCGGUCAGUUCUUUUUUCUAGGAAUUUCCAAAAAAAUCUCACUUCUUGAUGCCUUUUUCGUUGCUCAGUUAUCGACUUUUUCCUGAAAAAUCACUUUUCCAGGCCCUCUUACGAAGUCGUCUACAGUUGGUCCCAAUCUUUCGACAACCUCAUGAAAAAUAAACGUAAUUAAGGCUUAAAAAUGGAUAAAUUCAAAGAAAUUUUCAGUUGGUCAAAAGUACUUUGCCGAGUUCCUGAAAGGCGAAUAUUCCGAUGAAAAUAUCCUCUUCUGGCAGGCCUGCGAGGAGCUCAAACGCGAGAAAAACGCCGAGAAAAUCGAGGAAAAGGUGAUUUUUUUGGUUCCAACAAAUGGCUAUAAAAAUACUCUGAGCAAACGUGCUCCACUGACAAAACCCGCGAAAUCAAAAGUUUAAUGAAAAGUUCUUAUUGGUUUGAACCACGGAGUGAUCCCUAUAGAGGUUAGGAAAAAAAAGUUCCUGUAGGGGCUAAAUUUGAGCGGUCCUUAUAGGGGUUUAGGCCGCUAAAUCGCUAAAGCUCAAGUGGUUCCUAUAGGAUUUUUUUGAAUUUUGUUUAAUUUGAAUUUUUAGAAAAAUGUCCUCGAAAAACUGAGAAUCUAUGCUCUACGGACAAAACCAACCAAUUGAAAAAUCAUUAAUUUUAUGAUUAAUACCCGAAAAUUUAGUCCUCCAUGAAAAAAAUGUUCACAAAAAAAUUUGAAAAACUGGUAAAAUUUUUUUAGUGGCCACUAAAGAGGCUCGCCAAGGACUACUUGGAGAGGACACUCAAGUGGCCACUUCAGUAGUUUUUCAUCCAGUAUUCCUUCCAGUAACUCUGAUAAUUUCAAAACAAAGAUAGUGAGCCAGUUAUGUCGAUCCACUGACCCCUAAAGUGCCCACUAAUUUUCAACCCCUUAAUUGGCUACUAAUUUGACUACUAUAGCGGCCACUAAAACGUCAAAACCCUAUAGUGGCCCCUAAACAUUUUCGCAGAAAAGCCUCCUUUUCGUCAAUCAACUCUUUCAAAAGGCAGCUCUCAAAAAAAGUGAAAGAUAAAGGGUUUUUGUUUGCCUCCCUCCAAGUCACGUCGCUUUUAUUUCCGGAAAUUGUCUUUCGCGUCUCAAAUAUCGCAACCAACUAACUGAAUUUCCACGAGGACAAAAAAAAAGUUUGUGACUUUCUACGUCACACUCCACUGAGAGUACUACAAUUUCGCGGGAUCGACCAAAAUUGGCGGCUUUUUAGACACACCUGUGAGUGGGAUAAUUCGUAUGUUUUUCUCGGAAAAUUGUUUUUUGUAUUUUAGGUUCUAUGGGCUUUCAGUUGUCCUCUAGAAGGAGGAAGAAGCUUUUGAGAUGGGAAAAUAAUUUUUAAAGGAUCAAAAUUCAAAAAAAAAGUUUUCUCCGUGGAGCACAUUUGCUCAUAGCCGACUUGGGAAAGUCUGACUGUCUGCGCCCUCUUUUCUCUUGGCUUCAAUGACGUCAUAUCAAGUUGAACUUUCACACGUCAAAGAAAAUUUAGAACUUUCUAUUUUUUUCCUAGACGUCUGAACCUCUCUUUUCAGCUCACUGUCUCGCUCAUCAAGCCAUGUCUCAAGAAAAUUAAGUUAAUAUGAAAAAAAAAAAUCAAUAGUGUGCGUGAAAAACGUGGGAAAAAUUUAUGCAUUGUUUCCGAAAAUACUUUCAAUAUCCACAAAAAGAAAGUAAAAAGAGUUUGAAUUCGUCUUUUCCCGCCAAAAACAGCUACGCGACCGCCGGGCGACCAUCCGGUUUUUUAUUUGAAUAAUCAGAAUAUUUAUCCAAAUGUAAGAUCGGAAAAGAAAGUCCUAGAAAAUUGGGGGCUUAGGUCUCCCUUUUUUUGCAAAGAUGCCUUCGCGACCCCCCUUCUGAAGUAGAUCCUUCUGAAGUCCCAGUCUGAAUCCGAAACCAUUUUCAGGCCCGGAUCAUCUACGAGGACUUCAUCUCGAUCCUGUCCCCCAAGGAAGUCUCUCUGGACUCGCGAGUCCGCGAGAUCGUCAACUCGAACAUGGGCCGACCCACCUCGCACACCUUCGACGAAGCCCAGAACCAGAUCUACACUCUGAUGCAGCGAGACAGCUACCCGCGGUUUUUGGCCUCCAGCAUGUACAAGGGGAUGAUCGGCAACCACGGGAUGCUCGAGGAGCUCUGA